AUGAAAGAUGACAAUGGAAAUUUCACUCCUAUUCCAUCAGGAACACCGAAAGCAGGAUUAUAUCGGGAAGACGAAUCAGGACUAAUUAAAUCUGUAGUUUUGGAAGGAACAGGUGAAAAUGCUAAAAUUAAAAUUUUAGUCAAUAAGCUUAAAGAAGGAAAUGCCAUUGUAUCCUAUCGAGUGAAUGAUAAAGUUUACUGGACUUGGCAUGUUUGGGUAACCGAUGAUCCAACUGUGAAUAGUAGUACUUACCAUCUAGGUUUUGAAAAAGAUAAAAAUGGAAAUCCUGUUAUAGACUGGAAAUGGAUGGACAGAAAUCCUGGGGCCACAAAUGCAAACUUCUUAGGUAACAAUUGGCAUAAGUCUCAAUGGUUACAAUAUCAAUGGGGAAGAAAAGACUCUUUUCCUGCUCUCAUCCAUAAAGACGGAACAAUGUAUGAGAUUUCGGGAGAAAUUGGUAACAUUAGAAGCGUAGGAGCUGUUUAUACAACAGGAUCAACUUCUGCAUUACUGAAUCCGAUCCACUUGAUCAUUCCGCCACUUUAUGCUAGAAAGUACAAUGAGAUGGUCAUUAAUAGCGGCGAGGAAAUUUUUGUUAAAAACAGUGAUAAGUUAUGGUAUCAUCAGAAACGGACAACAUGGUUCUCUAAACAGAAAUACAAAAAUGGUUUCAACAGCACCGAUCCUUCGCAGAAUGUUGCAUGGGAUCUUUGGGGCGACACUCGUGGUGGCCAGAUAAGUGAUCUAAAUAACCCUCAAUUAGUUGAAGAGAAUAAGCGCUACGCAAUGAAAUCUCCUUAUGACCCUUGUCCGUGUAAGUGGAGAGUACCAUCAUACUAUGACAAUGUUGGAAGCCCUAACAAUGAUAACACUUUUACUUCUAACGUUUCAACAUCAAGCACGAGAUUCCCCGGAAUUAAGAUAUAUCCCGGUUUAGGAUAUGAUUUUACAGGCGUUGCUAGCCGUAAUUUAGGAUCAAUUCCGAUUAAUGGGAACUAUGAGUAUUAA